UUUGUCCUCUGAGAUUGCCCCACAAGACCCCCUCCUGUCCUCUGUCCGGCCAACAAUGGCUGAAGAGGUGACCUAUGCUGACCUGAGGUUUGUGAAGAACCCUCCUGGGAACAAGACCCCAAGGGAAGGGCAUGGGGCCGAAGAAGGGGAGCUCACCUAUGAGAACGUCCAGGGGGCGAGGCCAGCGGGGAAAGAGGAGACCAGAAGCGCACCCAAAGAGGAGACAGGGUCCAAGCCGUGGCUAAAGGGUGCCGGCCUGGCAGUACUGACCACUUGCAUCAUUCUCCUGGCUGCUGCUGUAGGACUUGGGAUCCGAUACUGGCAGGUCUCUGGUCAGCUCCAGAAGGCAUUGCAAAAGCACGCAGCUCAGAGCACUGCCCUGGCGCAGAGGAUUGAUCUCCAAGAAGGGAGCCUGACACAAAAGGAGGACCGGCUGCGCCAGGCCAUGACCGAGCUCAGCUCCACCCGGGAGGCCCUUCGGAAGAGCCAGGAGGCCACCAGAAAGACCCAGGAGCAGCUGAGGGAGGCCAGCCACAGCCUGGGUACUUUGAAGCAGGAGAAGGACGAGACAGAGGCAGAGCUGCAGCAGGCCACGGAGGAGCUGGCCUCUGUCCGAGAGGCCCUUCGCAAGAGCCGAGAGUCCACUGAAAAGACUCAGGAGGAGCUGCAGGAGACAGAAGAGUUCCUAAGGGAAGCCAACCGCAACCUGGAGGCCGUGAAGUGGGAGAAGGACCGGAUGGAGGCAAAUCUGCUCCAGGCAACCAUCUGCAGGCAGACAGACUGCUGCCCAGGCGGCUGGACUCUCUUCGGUUGGAAAUGCAUCUGGGUGUCCCAACAGAAGAAGAACUGGCAGAAAAGCCGGGAAGACUGUGAAGGGAAGUCAUCCCAGCUGCUUAUGCCCAAAGAGCCCUGGGAGCAACGGGAGAUGUGGCAUGCCCUGGUGAGGAUGGGACGAGAUCUUCAGCACUCCAAUGGAUACUGGAUUGGACUUUAUGAAGCUUACAGGGAGAAGGACUGGAUUUUAGUGUGGGUUGAUGGGUCACACUAUGAGGGAACCGAGCGGCUCAUGCAACAUGGCUAUUUCUGCUUAAAAUUGAACCAGGGGAAGCUGGUGCAAGAGAGGUGUACCCCCUCUCGUGGCUACAUCUGUGAGAGAGCUGCCAGGCCCGCUUACCUACAGCAAGCGCCUGGCCAAAAUGCCUAA